AUGGCCGAGGCAGCAUACGUGAAGCACCGGGUGCCCGAGCUGUGCCGCCACUUCCUGCGAGGCAGGUGUAGGUUUGGUUCGGCCUGUCGCUUCUCCCACCAGCGAGAGGACGUAGCGCUGCCAUUUGGGCACCGCCAGUACGUCCAGUCCCAGGCCAGCCAUGCCAUCCGGGGCAACGAGGGCGGCUGGCGCUUCCGCGUGCUGUCGUACAACGUGCUGGCGGACUGCCUGGCCCAGGAGCACAAAGAGCUUUACACUUCAGCCCCACGCUUCUCGCUGGAGUGGUCUUUCAGGAGCCGGCUGAUAAUCAGGGAAAUCCUCCACCACAGCCCGGACAUUGUGUGCCUUCAGGAGGUCGAUAGGUUCCCCGAGUUUCAGCACGCGCUGCAGCCGCAUGGUUAUGAGGGCGUGUUCACAAAGCGCACAGGGGACAGGAGCGACGGGCUGGCCAUGUUCUGGCGCAUCAAUGCCAUGCAGCCAGUCGAUCAGCGCUUCCUCAGGUUCAAGGACCUGGGCAUGAAGGACAACGUGGCGCAGCUGCUCGUCUUCCAGCGGCGGGAAAGCCUGCUUGGCGCCGGGUUCUUCCUGCGCUGCAGCAAGUGCGGACGCUGCUGGAGCACGUCAACAGCUUGUGCCUGCAGCAGCAAACGCGGUGCGGCCGACGUGCUGCUGCAAUGGUAA